CGUGCGCUCCCGCCCGCCCCAUUCCGGCACAGCGCUGGGGUUCCCCGCUCCCUCCGUCCCUACAUCCCCCCUCCCUCACACCCUCCCUCCCUCCCCGCAACGCCGACGCUUCCCUACCCAAAGAGGGGAAAAGCAGAGCGACCCAGUAGCCCCACCACCGUUCAUAAAUACUAAUUUUCAAAGCGAAAGGGGAAUAAAACAUACGGAAAACAGAACUGCUCUCAGCGCUGUUCCCUUUUGCCUGAUGCUCCUCGCAUAGUUGGGUUUUCUCUUCUUUUCUUUUCCUUCCCCCCCCCCCCCCCCCUCCUUUCCAUUUCUUUUCUUCUUAUUAUUUGGUUGCUUUUUUUUUUUUUUUCCCCUCCAUCACCAAAAGCAAGUCGGGGGGAACGGCUGUGUCUGAUGCCUUAUCUCUUUUGUGCUGACUGCUGGAGAUGAGCCUAGGCUUGACCUGACCAUGAUUCCAAGGACUGGCACUUCUCUUUUACCCCUACUUUGUAGAGAUCCAGACCUUCUCUUCCUGAUUGUCAAGAAAAUUAAAUUAUUGCUGAAUUUGGAAAUCUAGGCAGCAGCAGCUUACUUUUUCCCUGCAUCUCUCUGGAAUCGUUUCUGGGAUAUUUCCAAAUCAUCACAGAAAGCAGGAGGAAUGAACCGGCAGCUAGUGAAAAUUUUGACAACCUUGUUUGCAUUUUUCUUAGAGACAAACCACUUCAGGACGACUUUCUGUAAAGAACAUGAUUCAAGAUCUGGAAAAUCCCCCUCACAGACCCUGUCUCCUUCAGAUUUUUUGGACAAAUUGAUGGGAAGGACAUCGGGGUAUGAUGCUAGAAUCAGACCAAAUUUUAAAGGUCCUCCUGUAAAUGUUACCUGCAACAUAUUUAUCAACAGCUUUGGUUCAAUAGCAGAAACUACAAUGGACUACAGAGUGAACAUUUUUUUGAGACAGCAGUGGAAUGACUCACGUCUGGCUUACAGCGAAUAUCCUGAUGAUUCCCUGGAUUUGGAUCCCUCUAUGUUGGAUUCUAUUUGGAAGCCAGAUUUAUUCUUUGCCAAUGAGAAAGGAGCAAAUUUCCAUGAUGUCACAACAGACAACAAGUUGCUGAGAAUUUCUAAAACUGGAAAGGUGUUGUACAGUAUCAGGCUUACUUUAACCUUGUCCUGUCCCAUGGACUUGAAGAAUUUUCCUAUGGAUGUGCAGACAUGUACAAUGCAGCUAGAGAGCUUUGGCUACACCAUGAAUGAUCUGAUAUUUGAGUGGCUAAGUGAUGGACCUGUGCAAGUUGCAGAGGGUUUAACCUUGCCACAGUUUAUUUUGAAAGAAGAUAAAGAACUUGGUUAUUGCACAAAACAUUACAACACUGGAAAGUUUACAUGCAUUGAAGUCAAGUUUCAUUUGGAGCGUCAGAUGGGAUACUAUUUAAUCCAGAUGUACAUUCCUAGCCUGCUGAUUGUCAUUUUAUCCUGGGUUUCUUUCUGGAUCAAUAUGGAUGCUGCUCCAGCCAGAGUUGCACUGGGUAUCACUACAGUUUUGACAAUGACCACGCAAAGCUCAGGAUCGAGAGCUUCCCUCCCAAAAGUCUCCUAUGUAAAAGCUAUUGACAUUUGGAUGGCAGUGUGUCUUCUGUUUGUCUUUGCUGCUUUGCUGGAAUAUGCAGCAGUCAACUUUGUAUCACGGCAGCACAAAGAAUUUCUGAGGCUUCGAAGAAGACAAAGAAGACAAAACAAGGCACAGACUAUGACUGUUGGGAAUGAGAGCGUUGAGUCCAUGCGGCGCAUGAAUGGCUUGCGGAGCAAAGAGUCAUCAGCUUACGGGACAGUGAAUCAGAUCGGCAAUUCAAGUUUGAGGGAAGAUGAAGUUGCUCGUGACAGCCGAUUCAAUUUCAGUGGCUACGGCAUGGGCCACUGCCUCCAAGUCAAAGAUGGCACAGCAGUCAAGGCUACGCCACCCAACCCACCCCCAGUACCACCAAAGGAUUCAGAGUCCAUCAAAAAGAAGUUUGUUGACCGUGCAAAAAGGAUUGAUACAAUAUCCCGUGCUGCGUUCCCACUCGCCUUCCUCAUUUUCAACAUCUUUUACUGGAUUACAUACAAAAUUAUACGGCAUGAGGACAUUCACAAGAAAUAGGCAACUCUGGUUCUCCAGGACUUCUUAGCCAAAGUGAUCCACAUGUAAAUAAACAGUGAAAUGUCUUUCUGUUGUCAUAUGGACUAAGGAUUUCUUCCCCACUCCCCCAGAACACUGGAGAAAAAAUUAGCAAAGAGGAAAAGAAGUGUAGAAGGAAAAGUGAUUCCAUGACAAAAUAUGCUGUGAGACCAGUCAAGAGGCUCUCCCUAUGUACUCCUAGUGUAUUCUUCCAGAUUCAGCAUUGAUCAGACACCUGUAAUUGGGGCCAAAUUUUGCCCAGCUUUAUCACCAAGAUAUUACCUUUCAGAACAAUAGAGAAUCAGAAAACAAACAAUUCUCCUAAAGCAUCUAUCAAGAGACUGUGGUGGCUACAGUACAGUGAGUUAUAAGAGGACCAAAACUUUUCAGGAUAAUGUUGCCUUUCUAUUUGAAACAAGUCUACUGAGCUACAUUCCAUGACCAUGUCUGUAGGUAGUGGUUUCACCAAGGAGUCCUUUUGUGGGUUGUAAAUUAUUUCUACUGAUAGGGGAGAGGGAAAAAAGAAAAGAAAAAAAAAAAAAGAUUUAUACUUUACUAUCCUUGUGGGUGUGCAUUUUAAUAUUAUCUUGCUUUACUAGAAUUGUAAUUUUGGGGUUGAACUUGUGCGUCGUGUGAUUUAUUUGAUAGUUGACACUCCAAAACCAGUGAAACUGCCUGGUUUAUUUCUGUUGGGAGACAGUGCACUUACUUCAUUUUAUUUCUGCUGAUUUUACAUGCAACUUGAGGUGCCAAACUGUAUUUUACCUAUUGUGCUGCCCUGUACCACACUACUUAGUAAGAACUUGUUUCCUCAAAGGUGUAGCUCAGUUUAGCAUUGAGUUUCUAUUACCGCUCUCAUUGUAGCUGCAGUCAAUAGCUCUAUAGGUAAACACAACUUGUUUACAGACCUCUAAUUUAUAUCUUUACUCAAAGUGGCUAUCAUUUUAAAUAUCAUUAAUUAACCUAAGAAUUUUAAAACUGUACUGUGAUUUUCAGAACCUGUUACCUUUUGGUGCCAGAUCUGCGUUAUUCAAAUCCUUGCUACAUGUUUUAAAGUAGAAAAUUUUAAAAAAUUUAAAAAAAAAGAAGAAAAAAAGAUGGUAUUUUUGCUUACAUGGAAGAAGACAACCUGUAACAUAAGAUGAGUAAAACAUUAAAAUUUUACACUUGCUGUAAAAGAGUUUAUUUAAAAAAGGUAUUUGUUCAAUUUCAAUAAAGCUAAAUGUGGUACUAACA